CCCAACGACCCCUCCAUUAACCGCAUUAUCUCGUUGUAUAGCGCGUCAUCUAUAUAGAUAUCUAAGAUGGCGUCUACUAUGAGCGCCUCUGGCAAUGUCGGGAACAACAGCUUCAAGGAUAAAGAGAAACCCAUGGCCGUGCGGGCCGGCAAUAUCAUGGCAGCUAGAGCUGUUGCCGAUGCUAUAAGGACGUCAUUGGGUCCAAGAGGGAUGGACAAGAUGAUUCAAACUGGGAAAGGCGAAACCAUAAUUACGAACGAUGGAAACACCAUGUUAAAAGACAUGGCUGUUAUGCACCCCGCUGCAAAAAUGUUGGUGGACCUUAGUGCUGCGCAGGAUGUGGAAGCUGGCGAUGGAACUACGUCUGUCGUUGUUAUUGCAGGAAGCUUAUUGGGAGCCGCGGAUCGAUUGUUGGCGAAAGGAAUACACCCAACUACUAUCUCGGAAUCUUUCCAGAGAGCCGCCGCCGCCGCAGUUCAGAUUCUUCACGACAUGUCCCAGCCUAUUUCCCUUUCAGAUCGAGCAACACUUCUUCAAGCCGCUUCAACGUCGUUGUCCUCGAAAAUCGUUUCCCAAUAUUCAAACCUGCUCGGGCCCAUCGCCGUUGACUCCGUGCUAAAAACUAUAGAUCCUAAAACAGCAGACAACGUUGACCUUCGAAAUAUCCGUAUAGUGAAGAAAGUGGGAGGCACAAUUGAAGACAGCGAAAUGGUAGAUGGUUUGAUCCUGAAUCAAGGGGUCCUGAAAAGCGCUGGCGGCCCCGUCAGAGUUGAGAAGGCUCGAAUUGCAUUAAUUCAAUUUCAACUAAGCCCUCCUAAACCAGAUAUGGAAAAUCAAAUCGUAGUAAAUGACUAUCGACAGAUGGACAAGAUCAUUAAGGAAGAGCGCAUGUAUCUUCUAAACAUGGUGAAGAAGAUUGCCAAAACCAAGUGCAAUGUGCUUUUGAUUCAAAAAUCCAUCCUCCGCGAUGCCGUUAACGACAUCUCUCUCUACUUCCUCUCCCGCGUAAAGAUCAUGGCUGUAAAGGACAUUGAACGUGAUGAAGUAGAAUUUCUCUGCAAAAGCUUAGGCUGCAAACCCAUUGCCAACAUCGACUCAUUUACGGAAGACAAACUCGGAACCGCAGACUUAAUCGAGGAGGUUCAAUCUGCCGGAUCCCGCUACACCAAGGUGACCGGCAUCAAAUCAGCAGCUGCAAACCAGACAGUGUCAAUUGUGGCCCGUGGUGCAAAUAGCCUAGUCCUCGACGAAGUGGAGCGAUCCCUCCACGAUGCCCUCUGUGUGAUCCGAUGCCUCGUUAAGAAACGCGCCCUCAUUGCUGGCGGCGGUGCACCGGAGAUCGAAGUCUCACAAGCCUUAGCAAAACAAUCUCGGGCUCUCACAGGCACGGAAGCGAUAUGCUGGAAAGCUUUCGCCGAUGCAAUGGAGGUUAUCCCUACAACCCUCGCAGAGAAUGCCGGAUUGAAUGGCAUAAAGGUCGUUACCGACCUCCGUCACCGACACGCCAUGGGAGAGAAGAAUGCCGGAGUGAGCAUCCGAAGUGGAGGGGUUAAGGACAAUAUUGCGGACGAGAAGGUGCUGCAGCCGCUGCUCGUGAGCACGAGUGCGAUCGAGCUUGCAGCUGAAACAGUGAAGCUGAUCCUACGAAUUGACGAUAUUGCGCUCUCUAGGUAAAAGCGAGAAACGCAUCUUAAUUGGUCAGGUGAAUGUUUUCCGGCCUGUCUUCUUGGGAGGGAAAUAUGGGAUACUUAGAGAAAAUGUCGAAUGACAACGUGUAAUUGGAAAAGAGUUGAAAAGCUGUGUUUAAUUAUCUGAUUCAUAGAAUAAAAAAUGCCUCGACCCUUUUUCCCUUGUGGUAGUUUUACUCAGAACUCUCAUCCAAUAUCAAACUUUUCCCUAUUGCUCAACAUAGC